GGCAGACGGAGCGGCCGGGCGAGGCGCUCACCCCGGCGCGGCCCGGCCCGGCCCCGCAGCGCGGCGAUGGCGGCGGUCGGUGACGACGGGUCCGGCGUCGGGUCCGGCGUGGGGUCCAGCAUCGGGCUGCUCCUGGAGGCGGCCGAGUACCUGGAACGGCGGGAGCGAGGUACCGGCACCCCGCCGUGCCCCUCUCGGUACCGCCCGGUGCCGCCCGGCGCUGCCCGUUCCCGUUGUGUCCCCACAGAGGCCGAGCACGGCUACGCCUCGCUGCUGCCCGGAGCAGGCCGCGCCCGGAGGGAGAGCCCGAGGCGCCGCGGGAAGGGCCGGAGGAACGGCGGGGGCGGAAGGUCAACGCACAAUGAGAUGGAAAAGAACAGGCGUGCCCACCUGCGGCUGUGUUUGGAGAAGCUGAAGGUGCUGGUGCCGCUCGGCCCCGAAUCCAGCAAGCACACCACGCUGAGUUUACUCAUGAAAGCCAAAAUGCACAUCAAGAAGCUUGAGGACUACGACAGGAGAGCCCUCCACCAGAUCGAGCAGCUGCAGCGCGAGCAGCGGCACCUGAAGCGGCAGCUGGAGAAGUUGGGCAGCGAGAGGGUCCGCACCGACAGCGUCGGCUCCGCCGUGUCCUCGGAGCGCUCCGACUCGGACAGAGAAGAGAUCGACGUGGACGUGGAGAGCACCGACUCGCUGCCCGCCGACCUCGACUGGAGCAGCAGCAGCCCCAGCGACUCGGACGAGCGCGGCAGCCUGCAGAGCGUGUGCAGCGAUGAGGGCUACGCCAGCUCGGGUGUGCGGAGGGCGAAGGCGCAGAGCGCCCACAAGCUGUGCCCCGCUCUCUAAGGAUCAGACCCCGCAGCUCUUCCACCCGCCGCUCUUUCCCGGUUGGUAGCAAACCAGACCGUCCCGCAGUUCCCUUGUGCCGCUGACACGAAGUCCGCUUUGCCCCGGUCCCAAGCAGGGCUGUGGGCGCCGAGCUUCUCCCCGGAGCGCGCAGCCCAUCGCGCCCACUCGCUUCUCGCCCCGUCGGGAAGCUCAUCUCAGCGAGACCGUACAUUCCAGCCCCGUUUUGGUGCACCCGGGAAUAUCGCAGCGGUAACAGCAACGCCGGAUGAGCUCGGCUUUCGUUCGCCUUGCUGUUACCGCUCGGUAUUCCGGAUCUUUGUAGUGUUCGCCCACUAACAAUCAGCACCAGGGCCCAAAUAUGCAUUGUGUGGGUGAGACCCAGCCUUGUCCGUAGCUUGGAGCAGGGAGAAAGCAGAGGGAGGUCUGCAACGGAGCGUCAGUCGGUGGCCUUCCCUCCGCCGACUCUAAAAUUUCAGGGUAGCAACGGCCCCCCCCUGCAAAGCAAAAGGCUCUGCUCCUCCCGGCAGCCUCGGGAUGGACAUCUCCAGCUCUGGAAGUUCCUGGAAUGCCUCGAAACCAAAUGGUGCUGUCCUCGCGCUGUGCCCUCCUGCGUUACGGCCGCGUGUCCUAGGACGGCCUUGGCGCUUCUUGUCUCUGGGACAAUUUUUUUUCUACCUCAGAGAGAUGAACAAAGAUUAUCUCCAUCCCUUUAGCACAAAAACAAACAAACAAGAUGCCUCAUUUGUUUUAUAGAAGCGCUGCUUGGUCCCAUCGCAUCUGUCGCGCGCGAUUUAGCAAUAAGUGGCGGCGCUCCGAGCGGCGCUGCUGCAUGAAGCACUUGCCCGGCCCUUGGGUUGCGUUCGGGCGCUCUCCACACUGAGGAUUUGGGUUUCCACCAGAGAGAGCCACAACCAAACGCCAAAAGAAAAGGCCAACCCCUUCCCCCAGCCCUGAAGCCGUGGUUUCCUGCCAUGCUGAUGCGUCAGAGCCAACUCGAGCACGUGUACGUAGAACGUGCGGUCUCCGAAUAGUAUUUCUUCAUUUUCUAUGACAUGAAUGGAGUUACGACUUUUUGCUUUUCUCGACGUUCUGGGAUCGUUGCAUGCAGAGUCCUCUGACUGAAAUACAGAGAUUUCUUUGAGAAGACUCUUCAGAGGUGUUUAAGACGGGGUUGGAUGGGCCUUGGACAACUUGAUCCAGUACGUGAUCGAGCGGUGGGCAGCCCUGCCUGGAGCAGGGGGUUGGAACUUGUUGGUACUUGAGGUCCCUUCGAACCCAAGCCAUUCUUUGAUACUAUGAGAACCCAUGGAAACCCUCCCCAAGAAGAAAAGCCCAUGGAAACCCACCCCAAGAAGACAAAAACCCAUGGAAACUCACGGAAGGAGCCCCAAGAAGGUAAGAACCCAUGGAAACCACCCCAGGAAGACAAGAACCCAUGGAAACCCACAGAAAACAACCCCAGGAAGACAAGAACCCAUGGAAACACACAGAAAACAACCCCAAGAAGGCAAAAACCCAUGGAAAUCCACAGAAAGCCACCACAAGAAGAUAAGAACCCAUGGAAACCACCCCAGGAAGACAAGGACCCAAGGAAACCCAUCCCAAGAAGGCAAAAACCCAUGGAAACUCAUCCCAAGAAGACAAAACCUCAUGGAAAACCCAACCCCAAGAAGGCAAAAACCCACGGAAGCCCACUCAAGAAGACAAGAACCCAUGGAAACCUACAGAAACCCAACCUCAAGAGGGCAAAAACCCAUGGAGGCCCACUCAAGAAGACAAGAACCCAUGGAAACCUACAGAAACCCAACCUCAAGAGGGCAGAAACCCAUGGAAACCACCCCAGGAAGACAAAAAAACCAUGGAAAACCCAACCCCAAGAAGACAAAAACCCAUGGACAAAGCUGAAUAUCUGCAAUUCGGGCGCGCUGCCCUGGUACACGAUGGCUCGAGCCCUCUCCAGCCCCUUUCUUCCGAGCACUGCCGAAAUCCCAACUCCAACCCCAGAGCGGUGGGAACGCACCCCAGGGGGAAACGGGAGGCAACGCGCGCUUCGUUCUCCACUUAGUUCUAUCGAGUGUUAAGGUUUAGACUCUAAUUGUUAUUUUUUGUGUUGUGCCUUUUUGGGUUGACCGCGUUCUUUUGGUGAAACGCCGCGUGUUGGUUUUGGUUGUGGUUUUUUUGUUGUUUUUUUUUUUCCCCCCCCUUUUCAUUUUAUUUUUGUCCCGCUAUGAAGCAGAACUCCUCUGACCUUUGCACUGUUUGGACUGGACGUGCUCCUCUCCAACGCACCGGCAUCGAAAAAAAAAAAAAAAAAAGGAAGAAAACCUCAAACCUUC